GCCUGACAUUUGAAUAAAGUGUGCACUUGCCUUAUUACAAAGAUCGGACCCCUAUAAGAGCCGUAACCUGCCCUUGGCAGGCGUCCUCAGACGUCCCGCAGUCAUUUCGUUACAGUCUCGCUCUUCAACAUGGGGGCAAGGAUAUCAAAGCCAGAUGGCAUCGUCAGGCUUAUCGAACUCCCAUACGAUAUCCAAUCCAUGAUCUUGGGCCACUUUGAUAUAUACACUCUUCUUGCCUUGACCUUGGUCAACAAGCAAUUCCGAAGUGCGGUCAAUGCCAGGUUGUGGCGCUCGUUCUCGAUCACCGAGAGCUAUCGUUUCCUGUGCCCAUCGAAAGAUAAUGGGCACAAACGCCUUGGCUGCAGCGUCUCUCGUUUGUUCUUGAAGCGGUGCGAGUUCAUCUCCAGGAAACCGCACAUCGCGAAACACCCUUUGUACACACGCAAGAUCGCCUCUGUCCUUCUGCCGCUCCAUAUCCGGAAGAUAUCGAAAGCUCUUAUGGCCUUACCCAACCUCGACACCCUCGUCAUUUAUACCAACUUCCAUCUUAAUCGGAUAUCAUCGUCACUUUCUGCUAACGCAAACCGCUUUCCGUUCAAACUCCGAGUCAUUGAGAGCAAUCUCAUCUGCAAACCUGAACUCCUCGGUUUUCUCGAAGCCCAACCUCAAAUCGUGGAGCUCGGCGAACUACGUCCCGGUACGGACUUAUACCUAGAAGUGCCGUACUUUUUCCGACCACGGCACCCGUACCUCCCCCCACAUGUCCUUCCCUCUCUGCGCGUCAUCCGCGGAUCCAUAGACGAAAUCCAGGAACUGGCUCCGGGCCGACCUAUCAACUCAAUUUUGAUCCACCAAGCUUACGAUCGAGUGCUCGCCCUUACCCUUGAGCGUUUUAACCUCGAAAACGGUCAUGUGCAGAGCAUAUGCAAACGGCCAAUCAAGGAAAAUGACUCGAAUCAACCUGUUAUCUCCAUGCCUCAGGUUCAUGUCAUCAUCGAAAGCGAUCAUUCUCGCGACAAGAACCUUCCUGCCAUUCUUCUCCACUGGACCCUCGAUUUACAGGCCAUCCAAACGCUUACUUUAACCAUGGCCCGACUACCCGACUUUACCCACUUCCCAUUCUGUCUCGAAGUAUUCACGUCACUCACCGAGAUUCAAUGGAUCAACCGGAACGAGUACGGGAACAUGUACCAAGAAUUGGCGAUCUCUGCCGGUUUACCCUACCUUUCGAACGAUAAGAUCGAUCCCGAGUUAGUUCGCAAACUGCUUGAUCCAUUCAUCCUUGCAUGCGUGAAGCAUUGUCCGAGCAUCGUGAGAUUCUCGUUUGUAGGAUACUCCAUGUCUCAGCCGUGCACGGACGAUCUCCAUCCUCUGCUUUGGUGGAGACCGCCAGCGUUUGUCCCUUUCAAUUUCGACAAAACGACGCCUAUCCGAGAUCACUGGGGAACGAAUUGGAAGCUGGCGGUCUCGGACGAAAAGAAGACGCUGAGCUAUGCGGCGAUGAUGGACACCGGUUUGAUGUCGUUCCAACAAUUCUGUCUCGCCUGAUAAGGACACUGUAUUAUGUGCGCGAUAGCUGCCGCCACCCCUAUUCGUCUGGACAUCUGAAAUGACCUCGGGCUCGCGGUUGCGCAAGCCCAUAUUCCCAUCAGUUUUCUCGGAGAACGGGUUACCCAUUUUAUGUAAUAAUAUAAUGUAUAUACAUUGGGAACGCAAAAAUGCCUCAUUCAAGGCACUGCGAACAAUAAGUGAGGAAUCAGGGCCAGUUGUUGGGUCGGAAUGACCGGCUGCCUCGCGG